AUGGAUAGACAAGAACUCAUACGUUCCAUUUAUGAGGAUGAUGAAUACGAUGAUUUGAAUCUAGAAAUUAAAAACUCAAACGUGGAAAUAUCAAGCUACGAAGAGGAAGAAGAAUUUCGCAAUGAUGAAGAAAAUGCGAGUUAUAUUCAUAGGGAUAAAGAGUUUAGGAAUUCUAAAACUUUUGAAGCACCGAGGCUAGGAUGGAAUUCGAUGAUGUUGAAGAUAUAUUCUUUUCCUACCGAAUCGAGGAGAAGGCUCAAAGAUGAAGGUGAUGCUACAACUCUUUUGAAGGUGUUCUUGAAAAUGAAAGAGUUCGACCGAGAUUUCUUCUAUAAAGUUAAAAAUGAUGAUAAAGGUCUUGGUAUCAUCUACAAAGUUUCGGAUAGGGUUUUUAUGAAAGAUGACGAGUACAAAGUUGUUGGAGUAUGGAUAGCAUAUAACCCUUAA